UCAUGUAAUGGGCUAAUCACAUUCAAAUUAAGAACUUGCACCGAAAGCCCCCCCUCUUCUUCUUCUUCUUCUACCUCUCCUGUGCUUACCACCCAUAUUAGUGCAUGUACUGUAAGUUUUCAAUUUGAGAGAGAGAGAGAGAGAGAGAGAGAGAGAGAGAGAUAUUUAUGCUGAACAAAACGAUAAGCAUGGCAAGUUCUGGCCAGAAGUCGUCCAAUUUUGCUCAGACUUGCAAUCUUUUGAGCAAGUACUUGAAGAACGGGAGCUUUGGGGAGUUCAGCCGCGGGGUCGCUUUAAAACCUGAAGGGGUUGAAAACCCAUGGAAGCAGCCGGCAACAACCAUGAACUUGUUGCCGAACCUGGGAAACGUUGGAGAUUCAUCUUCUUCAUGCGUAAAGACUCCCGAUUUCUUCAACAAUAAGACCGAAGCAACCAUGGAGAAUGGAGCUGGCCUUCAAAUGACCAUAUUUUACGCUGGAAAAGUGCAUGUGUUUAACGAUUUUCCAGCCGAGAAGGUCAAGGAAAUCAUGACCUUAGCCACCGAAUCCGGAAGAUCCACUAACACUAUUUCCAUUAGGGCUUUUACUCCUGAUUUGAACAUCACUUCAAGUGCUCCUGAAACCAACAAUUUCGCCGCCGAGGACCGCCUGAUUCAGCACCUUAAAUCUCCUCAAGCGCCCAUCACUUCCGAUUUCCCUAUAAAGAGAAGGGCUUCACUCCACAGAUUCUUCGAGAAAAGAAAGGACAGGGCUGUGGCGAGAGCACCGUAUCAAAUAAAUGGCGGCUCCGUGGCUCCGGCUAAACUGGAAGAAAGCAGCAAGAAGGCAUGGGAGCUAGAACUGGAAACUCCAUCGUCCAAACAGCUUGACCUCAAAUUAUAGAAUAAUAUUAGUAAAAUUAGUCGUAACUAUACAUCUCAAGCCUGUUGUGGUUGGUAUUAUAGUGUUAAUUAAUUAUGUUUUGUAAUUAAAUUAUUUAUGAUCAAUAUUUAUUCAUCUA